AUGGAUGUGUCCGCUCAGCUCGAGCUCAACUGCUCCGAGGAAUUGUGGUCCUCGGAGCCCCUGGACGUGUUCAACUUCAGCAACACGUCUUUCCUGGACAUGGACGACAUGGACUCGGCUUUCACCUGGAAGGAGUACCUCAAGAUGACCGUGUACCUUGUGACCAUCGUGGCGGCCCUGGUAGGCAACUUCGCCGUCAUCGUGACGGUUCUGACCAACAGGGUGAUGCGGACCACCAUCAACUACUAUCUGCUCAACCUGGCCGUGGCGGACGCCCUCAUCUGCGUCUUCUGCAUGUGGGUGCACUUUGUGAAUAGCCUGUCUACCUUCUACGUGCUCGGCUCCUUCAUGUGCCGCUUUGAAGGAUUCGCCAAAAGUAAGUAG